AUGAGCCGCUGUGGCGGUGUGCGGGGGUGGGGGCGGGGGUUGGGGUUGGGGUGGGGGCAGGUCCUGGUCCUGGUGCUGGUGCUCGGGCUCGGGCUGGCGCUGGUGCUGCCUGUGAGCGCUGGUCGGGGGGAUCAUGUCCCGGCGCCCUGUCCGAGCCUCUGCCGCUGUCAGGGCGAUGCCGCAGCCGCGCUCAGGGUGGACUGCUCCGGACGGGGAUUAACCAUCGUACCGCAAGGCCUCGGAGUCUUCACGUUCUUCCUGGAUACAAGCAUGAAUAACAUCACAGAGCUACAACCCAAUGCCUUCCAAAAACUUCUGUAUCUUGAAGAACUGCGAUUGGCUGGUAAUGAUCUGUCUUACAUUCAUCCCGAGGCUUUCUCUGGGCUCUACCAACUGAAAGUUUUAAUGCUUCAGAACAACCAAUUGAAAACUGUCCCAAGUGAAGCUCUGAAGGGACUCUCUACCCUACAGUCGCUGCGAUUGGAUGCAAAUCACAUCACCUCAGUGCCUGAAGACAGCUUUGAGGGUCUGGUCCAAUUGCGGCACCUUUGGCUUGAUGAUAACAGCCUAACCGAAGUUCCUGUUUACCCACUUAGCAAAUUACCUUCGCUGCAAGCCCUCACCCUAGCUUUGAACAAAAUUACGCACAUACCCAACUUUGCCUUUGCAAAUCUCUCCAGUCUAGUUGUUCUGCAUCUUCACAAUAAUAAAAUUGAUACGAUAGACAUCCAUUGCUUUGAUGGGCUUGCCAACCUGGAGACAUUGGAUCUGAACUACAAUAAUUUGAUGGAAUUUCCUGAAGCCAUCAAGUUCCUUCCGAAUCUGAAAGAGCUAGGAUUUCAUAGUAACAGCAUUGCUGUAAUUCCAGAUAAAGCCUUCAGUGGGAAUCCAUUACUUCGGACCGUACACUUGUAUGAUAACCCAAUCUCUUCUGUGGGGAUUUCUGCUUUCCAAAAUCUGUCUGAACUACAAUCUCUCACCUUGACCGGAACCAGAAUAAACAGAAUCCCACCGGACCUGUGCCAGCAACUGAAGAUGCUACGAUUUCUGGACUUGUCGUACAAUCAGAUAAAGGAGCUACCGAGUUUUGAAGGCUGUGCAGCAUUGGAAGAAAUUUCCUUGAAGCACAAUGAAAUCAAAGAGAUCAAGUCCGAUACGUUCCAGGGCCUGGCUUCUCUCCACUUACUUGACUUAAGUAAAAACCAGAUCUCAACAAUACACAAGAAUGCAUUCAUCUCUUUGUCUGAGCUGACCAACUUAGAUAUAAGUUCCAAUCAACUGACUUAUUUCCCAACAUCCGGGCUGGAAGGACUCAAUCAACUUAAACUUACUGGGAACCCUGAGAUGAAGGAGCUACUGGUAGCAGAGGACCUGCGAAAGCUCAGAACUUUGAUGGUUCCUUACGCGUACCAGUGCUGUGCAUUUAGUGCCUGUGAUUCAUGCCUGCCCUCAAACUCCGAAGGUAUCAAAAAACAGGAAAACAAGAAUCCUUCAUCAGAGAAGAACACCGACCAAAGUGGCGUUGGUGAGAUUAAAAGCGAAGAAGAUGAAAGGAUUCAGUCCCCAGUGCACUGCACUCCAUCUCCAGGUGCAUUCAAGCCAUGCCGACAUUUGCUGGGAAGUUGGAUGAUACGUCUCACUGUAUGGUUCAUUUUUCUGGUGGCCUUAAUUUUCAACGUACUUGUUGUUAUAACAACGUUUGCAUCACGUGCACCACUGUCUUCUGCAAAGCUGUUUGUGGGCCUGAUUUCGACAUCAAACCUCUUAAUGGGAGUCUAUACCGGUAGCUUGACGAUUCUAGAUGCAAUGUCUUGGGGGAAAUUUGCUCAGUUUGGUGCAUGGUGGGAGAUGGGAAGUGGCUGCAAAAUGGCUGGAUUCCUCGCUAUGUUCUCUUCCGAAGCGUCCAUUUUCCUCCUUAUUUUAGCGGCAUUUGAACGGAGCAUUACCACGCGUGACCUAAUUAAAAAAGGGAAAAGUCAUCGCCAGGUGCAUUUUCGAAUAGUUGCUUCCUUUGCUGUCGUGGUUGCUGCAGUGAUAGCUUGCCUGCCAUGGUUUCACAUUGGAGAAUUUUCAGCAUCUCCUCUUUGUUUGCCUUUCCCCACUGGAGAGUCUCCUUCCUUGGGCUAUACAGUAACUCUGGUGUUGCUCAACUCGAUAGCCUUCCUGCUCAUGGCAGUUGUGUACACAAAGCUCUACUGCAACUUGGAGAAAGAGGAUCUUGCAGAAAGCUCCCAGUCCAGUAUGAUUAAGCACGUUGCCUGGUUAAUUUUCACCAACUGCAUUUUCUUCUGUCCUGUUGCUUUUUUCUCGUUCGCACCACUUAUCAGUGCAAUCUCCAUCAGCCCUGAGAUAAUGAAGUCUGUCACUCUAAUCUUCUUCCCGCUACCCGCUUGUCUGAAUCCCGUCCUGUACGUUUUCUUCAACCCCCGGUUCAAAGAAGACUGGAGUAUGCUGAAAUGGCGCCCAAAGCAAAAAGACAAAUCACUAGCGGUUUCAGUGAAUACACAAGGUGACUGUGUGCCCCAGGAUUUCUACUAUGACUGUGGGAUGUACACCCACUUGCAGGGCAACCUCACCGUAUGUGACUGUUGUGAAUCACUGUUAUUGACAAAACCCUCAACAUGUAAACACUUGGUGAAGUCACACAGCUGCCCAGCCCUGGCUGUGGUUCCUUGCCAGAGACCCAGUGGCUACUGGUCAGACUGUGGAACUCAAUCUGCUCAUUCAGAGUAUGCUGAUGAGGGAGACUCCUUUGUUUCGGACAGUUCCGACCAAGUCCAGGCCUGUGGGAGGGCCUGCUUCUAUCAGAGUCGGGGAUUUCCUUUGGUUCACUAUGCGUAUAAUAUUCCACGGAGCAAAGACUAACUGCAGAAGACAAUACCAGAAAGGUACGCGUUUGAACACUUAACACAAUUGACUCUUCCUUUUGUGGACUUUUAUUUCUGGGAAGCACUUUUUCUUCAAUCUGACAGUCGUCAAAGAAAAGGGAAAAAUGUUCAGUAAGUUUAUUGAGCCACGUAUUCUUGCAAAACGGAGAAUUGCCCAAGCAGAUUGUGCGUGCACGUGUGUAGGUGUGAUUGUGCUGUGCGUGUGUGUGUGUGUAUGUGCGUGUGUGUGCGUGAGUAUGUUUGUAUAUGUGUGUGAUAUGGUACAUGACUACAGACUCUGUUUACAACAGUGUCUGUAAACUUGCGGAUGAGUAAAAAUUUAUUUUUAAAAAUAGUUAGUAUUUUUAUGGUGCAUUCUUUCUGUCUUAGUCAUUACAAAAAUGGUCUUUUUCAUAGCUGUUUGCUCAGUUACAGUUAAAUUGCCAUUUAAUGGAAAAUUCACUGCCAGAUUGUAUUACUGUUUCUUCACAGCACAUUCCCUGCUGAGUAACGUAACACUUGCCUGCGCUGCAGAAUAAACAGAAACUCUAUACGGUGAGCAUAAACAAAUGUGAAUACCGUUUUGUGAGUUAAUUACUGGUAGUUUCUCAGGAGGUUAGGAGAUGCCAAAAAAAAAAUUACUUCCAAAACUGAACUUUCAGGAAUGGAUUGUAGAUACUGUGCAUAAGACACAUUUUCAAAUUCAUAUUGUAAAUUAUUGGAUUAAAUAUAUAAAGGGGGUUAUGCUUUUUAAACUCAGUUUAAAUAAUGGUAACUACCUCUUAAAUAAAGUUGGCCAUUUUUAAAUUGUGGUCUUUCAUGUUUUUAAACCGUUCUUAUUCUGUAAAUAGGUUUGGAUGUACAUUAUCACCAUGUUAUAAAAGAUAAAAUGGAAUCUUUGUAAAUCAAUAUUAAAAUGUAACAAAUUUUUGUAGGUUUUUUUGCAAUGUGGAAGGGAUUAAUGUAAUUUUUUGAAGCCCAAAUAUUCACCAGUAAAUAUUAAAAAAUGUUUUCAAUUUC